AUGGCUGGAAAAACCUUCUUUUCGAUGAAAAACAAUGUCCGAAAGAAACUCGCCAUUCUCCUUCACAGCUCAGAACCAAACGUUUUCAUCACCACCCACCAACAACCAGAAAAUUCCGAAAAUAAUUUUAAUCACCGCAGUAGCAACGCCUCAUUACCUAGCCCAGUAAUGUCUUCAUGUUCAUCGCCAGUCUCCUUCAUGUCUCCAAUCAACCAUAUACCAUCACCCUACUCCGAAUCUCCUUGGACUCUUCCUCAUGAUAGCAAUGGAGAAGAUGGUAUCAUCUACAACACUGGCUUGAUCGGGUCUUUGAUACGUGAAGAAGGUCAUAUUUAUUCGUUAGCAUCGUCCGGGGAUUUGUUGUACACAGGUUCGGAUUCUAAGAAUAUUAGAGUGUGGAAGAAUUUGAUGGAGUUUUCAGGUUUCAAAUCGAGUAGUGGAUUAGUGAAAGCGAUCGUUGUUUUUGGUAACCGGAUAUUUACCGGCCACGAAGACGGGAAGAUUCGGGUUUGGAAGUAUUCAGAUAAGAAGAAAAAAGCUUACAAACGGAUAGGUAACCUACCCACGACAAAAGAUUACAUCAAGAGCUCUGUGAACCCUAAUAAUUACAUUGAAGCAAGACGACAUCGUAACCUUCCAUGGAUCAAGCAUUAUGAUGUUGUUUCUUGCAUGUGUUUGGACGAAGAAAAAGGGUUGUUGUAUUCUGGAUCGUGGGAUAGAACAAUGAAAGUUUGGAGGAUUUCGAAUUCGAAAUGUUUAGAAUCUGUAAAUGCUCAUGACGACGCCAUUAAUUCCGUAGUCAUUGGGUUUUACGGUUUGGUUUUUACAGGGUCCGCCGACGGAACGGUGAAGGUGUGGCGGAGGGAGUUCGUCGGGAAGACCAAAAAACACCUUUUGGCUUCCACGCUUUUGAAUCAAGACAAUGCUGUCACGUCUGUGGUGGUGAACGCCUCUCAGGCCACCGUUGAAGGUAGCGGCGUUCACACUUGUUUGUCGGUCUUGAAUAGUCACACUGGUCCGGUGAAAUGUCUUGCCGUUCAGAACCGGAAUGAGAAUGAUGAUGAUCAGAAAGAUGAAGAAUGGAUAGUUUACAGUGGCAGUUUGGAUAACUCGUUGAAGCUUUGGCGGGUGUCCGAACUGCUAGCCUGA